GUAGGCGUGGUAUUAAGCGUGUCCGGGACAGACUUAUCAAACGCACACCGACUGGCAUCCAAUAGAGAACAGCCACUAGCAUCGAGAUAAGUCGACGGUGUAACUUAAAAAUGGCUUCUGAGAAGAAAUCCCCCAGCGAUAGCCUUCAGACUGAGGAGAAUGUAUUUGCCCGACUUCUGAGCCUUCCAACCAUCAGUGUAACAUUUGAGAUCAUCGAGAAGACCUACAUCAAUACCAAGCAGAUCCAUCCACUGGUCUGCUCAGUGUGCGAGGUGUAUGAGAAGGGUGUGAGGUCAGCAGGCACUGUGGCUGUGUGGAGCAUACAGCCUGCCAUCCACAGACUGGAACCGCAGCUUGUAGCUGCCAACAGUUUGGCCUGUCGAGGACUGGACCGCAUUCAGGAGAAGAUUCCUGCUCUCCAGUACCCUCCCUCAGAGCUGGCUUCAGGCAUCGCAGGGGUUGUCUCCUCCACCCUGCAGACAGCUAAAACAGGCAUCACCAACCCCAUCAUCGUCACCUCAGACACCGCCCUGAGUCUAGCCUCUGGCGGCUUGCGGCUGACCAGAACAGCCCUGAGUGACGGGAUGCACUACGUUCUCACCAGUAAACCUGUACGCCUGGCAGAGGAAGGAACUGACACCGUACUGACUCUUACUGAGAGAUUUUUCAACUAUAUUCUGCCUGCAUCCUCAGAGGAGAGAGAGGAGGAGCGGGCUAAACAGGAGCAAGCCUCUGUUGUGAGGUCAGCUGGCCCUCGGCCCAGUUUCGACAGGGUCUUGGCCUUGGCCAGCGUUGUCUGCAGACGUGCCUAUGAUCAGACAGCAGCACAACUCCAACGCAGCAGCAGUCAAGGUCGGGAACUGGUCAUACGCAUCCCUGGUGUGUCCCCACUGGCCGGCUUUGCUAAAAGGAGCCUGGAAGCCAUGGGCUCUGUGGUUCUGCGUUUUCCAGGCACAGUAGCAGGAUCUCCACAUGGUUCUCAACAACGGAGCGCCCAGAGAGACUUGAAGAGUGAAGGCCAGGACCAGACUGGUAGGGUGCAGAGCUUGGUGAGUGGGUUUGGGCAGCAGCUGCAGAGUGCCUAUGUAUCUGUGGUGACUGGCAUGAAGAAUGCCCCAAUGUCCACCUUUGGUUUAGCCAAGGAUGGAGCCAGUGUGGUCCUGGAGUCCUUGGGCGCAGCCAGGGAGCGUGUGCUGAGUAACAUCCCUUAUUAUGGCAGGCAGAUUCCCAGGCGUCCUUCCAAGCAGAUUGUGGAGACCCCCAGCCCAGAGAAAGAGAAAGAGACAGGGAAGAACCAGUCCGAAAGCCCUCAGACAACAGAGAACAAUGAAGCAGAAGACAGGCCAGGUUCCUCUCCUACCCAGCCCCAGUCAACACUGGGAGGUGAAGUUGAGGAGCCUCAGAUAUCUGAGGAGUCUCAACAGCUCCAGAAAAAAGUCGUGAAACAGAUUCCAGUUCAUCAGAAGAUGGCGCAUGGGGGCUCACAUAGGAGUGUACCAACUGACAGCCCCAUAAGAGGAGGUCAGACAGACAUAAGGUCAUAGGUUCCCUUGUGCAUUUACAUGGUAUAUGUCACCAAGUACAGCUUGAGCACCGCAGAGGGAUAAUACAAAUGUUUGAAAUUUUGCUUAAAACUUUGUUUAUUAAACAUAAGAUCCUUUACCAAACAGCAGCAUUUUGGGGAAAAAAAAACACAACUAUGUGAAAAUUUACACGCAAAAAUACAGAUACACAUUUAAGCCACACCAUUUUCUUUCAGGCAGUGCUACAGCAUAUUUGACUGUAGACAUGUAGCUGAAGAAUCUUGUAAGAAAUCAUAAUUGCAUGAACAGGAAAAUGUAAAUGCUGAAAGGCUUUUCCUGCUCACUGUCUGUUCCCAUCUCACAGAAAUUUUACUCUCCUGAUACAGCAUGUUUUUACUUCAUGGCUAAGCAAUGUAUUUCUCAGAGAUAGAAGCAAACAUGAAAGUGUGCAGAGAAAGGGAUGAUUAUUGAAUUUAUUGUGAAACUUUAUAAUCAAACUCAACAAACGUGGGGUAAAUAGUAAACUUUAGUGGAAUAUGUUGCCAAAAUGCCAGAGAUAGAUGUGAUGAAAUGUUUAGUGCAGGAAAUGAACAUGGAUGUUUAAGAGUGUAACAGAAAUGUGGAAAUGUCAUUGUAUGUGUAGAUGAAAACUGUCUUUACCUUUUGAGAAGUUAGUAUGUCUGUCUAUUUUUUGAUUCACAUAGCAUGCUUAACUCUUAAAUACUGUGUAGUUCUUCUGUAUGUGGUUAGAAGCUUAAUAUCCAAAUGAACAUUGCGCUAUGGGUUUCAAUACCUCAUGAAUGGAAACAGCUGCAAUUAACUGGAUGCAGUUUGUCAUGCAAUGCAAUUUUUCAUACAGGUUAAUAUUUCUCAUGUGUGUUGGUCAUUUAAGUCAUUACAGGUUUGAACAAAAGAUUUUCUCAAUAAAAUCUUGCCUAUUUAUGAA